CGUGCACUAUAGUAUACGGGCAAUUCCACAGGGACCGUAAGUACUUGCUGGAGCUAGAGCGUCCAUUCUCUCUUCAUCUCUCUCCCCCUCUCCUUCUUUUUCACAUGUUCUGAGCCUCUCAGUCUACAACGGACUCUAAGGAUUAUUAUAUUAGGUAAUAGAUCUAACUAUUGCUUAAGGACAUGUCUUCCUCAAUGUCUUCUCAAAGCAGCCCCAGAGGAGACUCGGGGAGCCCUUCUCCUUUCCCUCUCCCUCAGGAUCAGUCACAGUUUCAAUGGGAACUCAUCGAUCUACAAGACUGUCUACAUGAUUCACCACAAUUCAGGAGAUUACUACAAGCAAAAGAGAAGGAGAUGAAUGACUUGGAAAUGAAGCUAAGAAAGGUUGUGCAGUGUUGUUCAAAGAUGGUUGAAACCGGUCAAAUCUACAUGAGUAAUUUGAGACUUUUUGGUAUGAGCCUCAAGGAGCUUUCAUGUCACUUCACAGACCAGCAACCAGUAGUAUCUGAUGCUCUCGUCAAGUUUUGUGACAUAAUGAAUGAGGUCCAGACCUUUUAUAGCGUAAGGGAAUUUGUUGUAAUUUAA